AUUGAAUCAACUGAAAGUGAUGUGUUCUCCGGUGUUCACCGAUAACGCCAAGAGUAAACAGGACCUUAUCAAUACAUUGCUAGAAGCCCAAUAGGUUCCGACGGCCACUGCCUGGUUUGUGGGGAAUUCGUCUGAACCGGUCCUUGGCUGACGUGGACGGCGAAUGUUAUGUUUGGCCUAGGUAUUUACAGGGAGGUACGUGAUGGCGAGGCCAUUUCUGAUCACACCUGUCAUAAAGGUCAAGGUAUUCUGGACAGUGGCAAUUGUUUUAAUCAGCUGGUCAGCACUAUGUCAAGGUAAGACUUUACUUAAGAUGUCAAUUCUAUUUAUAUUACAUCAAUUGUUUUAGCAAUCAGAUUAGUAAACAAGAAAUAUGGGUGAUAUAUUUUCACUUUUUUUUUUUUUGGUUGGUGCUUACUUCUAUCGAAAUUCGGUUAGUGAAAUAAUCAAUCUUUUAUCUUACUGGACAAUCAAAUAUUACUUCUUAUUGUACGGGCUCAUGUUUUUAUACCAUUCACUCGGUGUUAAUCACUGCAACUGAAGAUGUUUUUACCAUGCCGGAGCUCGCUCAAUGGGGGAUGGGUAUGAUCAACUUCAGCAUUCUCGUCUCUAGAACACAGGAAGUUAAGUUACACUUUCUAUUGUUCUUUCUGGCGCAAAGCACUUAAGAACGUAGCUCAAUUUCUGUAUCUUCUUAACGUAUCUAUGUUCUUGUAUUGUGUAAACUGGUGGUUCUUAAAGUGCGUGGUGCCCCCCCCCCCCAUUGGGGCGAGGGUAGUCCAGGGAAUGGGGAGCUGAAGGGUUGGGAGAAUUUUAAGAGGAGCUGCACCCCCCCCCCCCAAAAAAAAAAAAAGGCCUUGGAGAACUUAUAUCAGAAUUUAAAAAAAAAUUAUUUUAAAAAAAAGAUGACACAUUGGAUUGAAUAAAUAUAGUCAUCCUUUUAGAGGGCCAAAUGUUCAGACAAAUACCAAUUUAAAAUAUAUCAAUGUAACAAAUAUCAAUGUAGCAAAUAUCGAUGUAACAAAUAUCAAUGUAGCAAAUAUCGAUGUAACAAAUAUCAAUGUAACAAAUAUCAAUGUAACAAUGAUCAAUGUAACAAAUAUCAAUGUACAAAUAUCAAUGUAACAAAUAUCAAUGUAACAAAUAUCAAUGUAACAAAUAUCAAAAAUAAAGAAAUAUCCAAGUAAUAAACAUCAAUCUAAGCAACAGAUUUUCAGGAGCUAAAAAACAUGUAACAUGCGAAUCUGUCGGUUCUUUAACAAACAUAUUCCAAAACUUAACAAAGACCAGAAGACUAAAGAUACAAUUUUAAUUGGGAUAAACUGCAAGAAAACGUAAAAUCACAAAUUAGACGCAAGCUUUAUUUUGUCAUCUAAAAAUUUUGUUUUAAUUUUUAAUUAGCAUUACACAAAAGGCAUAUUUAAAUUAAUUAUUGUGAUAUGAAACGGAAAAUUCCUAGAGUUAUGUAAUAACCACACACUAGACAGAUGUUAUCACCACAUCCAAGAAAGAUGUAACAACCAAAUCCUAGACAGAUGUAACAACCGCAACAUGGGCAUAUGUAACAACAACAUCUAAGACGGAUGUAACAACAAAAUCCUAGACAGUUGUUACAAACACGUUCUAGACUAAUAUAAGAACAACAACCUAGGCAAACUUAACAACUAUAACCUAGACAGAUGUAACAACCAUAUUUUAGACAUAUGUAACAACCAUAUUUUAGACAGAUGUAGCAACCAUAACCUAGACAGAUGUAACAACCAUAACCUAGACGGAUGUAACAACCAUAUUUUAGACAGAUGUAGCAACCAUAACCAAGACAGAUGUAACAACCAUAACCUAGAUAGAUGUAACAACAACAACUUAGGUAGAUGUAACAACCUCAUGCUAGACAUAUCUAACAACCAAAUCGUAAAAAGAGGUUACAACCACAAGCUAGACAGAUGUAACAACCACACAUUGGACAUAUCUAACAACAACAUCGUAAACAGAUGUAAUAACAUCAUCCUAGACAUAUUUAUCAACCACAUCUUAGGCAGAUGUAACAACCACAAUCUAGUCAGAUGUAACACCACAUCCUAGACAGACGUAACAACAACAUCUAAGAAGGAUGUAACAACCACAUCCUACACAGUUGUAACAACCACAGUAGACUUAUGUAAGAACUACAUCUUGGACAGAUGUAAUAACCAUAUCCUAGACAGAAGUAACAACCACUUCUUAGACGGUUGUGAAAACGACAUCUUGGACAGAUGUAACAACCACAACCUAGAGUCUGUAACAAACACAUUUUAGACAAAUGUAAAGACCCAAUCAUAGACAGAUGUAACAAAAACAAUCCAGACAGAUGUGACAAACACAACCUAGACGGAUCCACAAACACAUUUAGACAGAUGUAAAGACCCUAACCUAGACAGAUGUAACAACCACAUCUUAAACAAAAGUAACAACCACAUCUUAGACAGAUGUAAAAAUCACAGUCUAGACAGAUCGAACAACCACAUUUUAGACAAAAGUAGCAGCUAAUCCUAGAAAGAUGUAAGAAACACACUCCACAGAGAUAAAAACCACAUUCCAGGGUUAUAUAACAAAUUUAUCUUAGAAACAUGUAACAAACACACCUUAUACGGACGUAGCAAAUACACCCUUGCGGCAAAUGGUACUUUUAUCUAGAUGUCGGUCCCCUGCUUGUGGCCACAGAACAUGUGUAAGUGUAUAGAACACUUUUCUUGCCAGCCCCUACAGAGCUGAUAUGCUGAAUGACCUUCAAGCUCCUACAGAGUUGAUGUGCUGAAUGACCUUCAAGCCCCUGAAAGCUAAUGUAUUGAAGUUUCAAAUAUCAAAACAAACGAUGCAUAGAUUAAUGUUUCUUAGUAUUUAUUAGUUUAUGUCCUUGGCUGUGGAUAGUGCAUAACAAAGUAUCAUUAUUUUUCAGAAUAAAUAAGGUGUCUAGAAAUUAUACACAUACAACGAUCAAAUAUAGUUACAUAACUCCCUUCGAAAAUGAAACAAAAUCCUCUAUAAAACUAAAAUGACACUCUCUAUCAAAAGCACUCGUCAAUGUCUACUCAACAUUCCUAUUAUUUUACACACUCUUUUUCUCAUGUGUUUUUUUCACAUACACAGCCACGGUCAUACGUGGCUGAGACAAUUCAUGGGAUUUUUUAUGGUCAAAACUAAAGGGAAAAACCCGUUAAGUCUCAAACGGUAUCAUCAAAACAGACGUAUAACAUAAUCACGCGGUCUGACCGUGACAACCCCAGUGACAUGUAAAAACACUUUGUUUCAAUAUGUAACAGAGCCUUCUAUACAAAUAUACGCCAAGAACAGAAUUUUGUGGUCAGUGCGGUCACUCACAGAAAGCCAGUGGAGAUCUUUAAGAACUGGGAUGAUGUGGUCAAGAUUUCUUUUUCCGCGAUACAAUGAGCUGCAGUAUUUUCUAACUUAUUUCUUUUGUUUAGUUUUGUUUGAGUCUUUCCCACUGCAGUAUUUGAUUUAGUAAUGACCUAUUUGACCUAUGAUUUUCACAAACUUUUUUUUUUGGUUUUAAGCAUUUAAUUGUCUGCAGAACAAGAAAAUAGUUUGACAUAGUCUUGUAAGUGGCAGUAGAAAUCUAUUUUUAGAGAUAACAAAGUCACCGCCUCGUCAGUACGACAUUUGGGUCCCAGCUCGUCGCCCUCACACCCUAGCCUCAGGGACACGUGUGUUGGAAAAAAUCUUUUACAGCAUGAAGUGUAACUGACACACAUGACUCAAGCAGUUCUGCCACCACCCUGUGUUAUUCCUUGUCAACUAUGUUGGGAAGGUGCAAUGGUUGAAGACAUUUUUUGUUUGUUUCAAAGUUGCCCCCAACCAUCAGAUUUGUCAAAAUUACCAGAAAUAUUUGUAAAUUAAGUUUCACUUCAGCAUUUUAACAAAAAAAUGUUUACUCAAUUGACUCAAGGCUUGAACUGCAUCCAUUUUCUCUAAACAGCAGCAUUAAUUAUUAACAUGAUUAACGAAUGAUUAAAGAGGCAGCAGAAAACAUUUUAGCUGAAACAAAGUGAUCUAAGAUAUCAUUUAAACGGUAGCCAAUUUAUAUGGGAUGUGACCUUCCUGAUAUUCAGCCAACGCUGUUAAAACGUGCCAUAUGGUUUGAUACGCCCGCAACUAUGGUACGGAUAUAUUGUCAGUUUAUUAUUGUGAUGAUUAAAAUAAAAAAUUACUGGUUUAAACAAAUUAAAUAAUAAAACGUCAGGAUAAACUAACGAAAACAAGUUUCUGAAAACUAAAGACCAGUUUUCAUUUAACGUCUUGAGUUUAAACUCAUACUUUGAAUUUGUUUCCACCCAAGGCCAAGAACCCCGUGUAGACUGCUCAGAUGGGAGAGAUGACCUCAUUCUUCGCUUCCCAAACUCGGACUUUCCUGGCUUCAACCAAAACAACCUAAGGGUCGCUUUUCAACCCGAGGUCACGGACAACUGUAAUCCAACAGCGAUCACACAUACGAGCAACUUGGAAUUCUAUAUCAUCAUUCCCCAUGAUAAUUGUAGCACGACAAGUUAUUAUGCUGUAAAUGUAAGUAAAUUCUUUAUACUGGGAAAAUUUCUUUAAACAAACAAAUAAAAAAACAACUGUUAAGUAAAUUAUUUUAAUCCCAAAAAGGCUGCUUUAGUGCAAAGCAAUGUUAGAUAUUUCAUUGAGCUUGCAGUGAUAUUGAAGGGAGACAUUCAAUAUAAUAUAAGACUCUCCAGGAGUUUUGCAUUUCCAACAAAUUGACUAGAGAGACACAUAUAGCUCUAAACAACUCAAAAAGUGGAAUCGCGUUUUAGAGUGAAUGUUCGAAUGACUUAACGUUUAGACGAUGCCUAAGACAAUGAGAUUAGAAUAUGCCUCGGAAAAUGGGAUAAGACGAGCCCUAAGAAAAGCUAGCAUAAAAAGAGACCUAAGAUAAGCUAAAUUAGACGAGACCUAAGACGUGUUACAUUAGACGAGACCUAAGACAAGCAAUAGUAGACGAGACCUAAGAAAAGGUAUAAUACAGAUACCUAAGACAAGCCAUAUAAAAAGAGGCCCAAAACUAGCUAUAUUAGACGAGACAAUGAUUUCAAACAAGGCCUAAGACAAUAAGAUUAGACAAGGCCUAAGACAAUGAGAUUAGACAAGGCCUAAGACAAUGAGAUUAGACAAGGCCUAAGACAAUGAGAUUAGACAAUGCCUAAGACAAUGAGAUUAGACAAGGCCUAAGACAAUGAGAUUAGACAAGGCCUAAGACAAUGAGAUUAGACAAGGCCUAAGACAAUGAGAUUAGACAAAGCCUAAGACAAUGAGAUUAGACAAGGCCUAAGACAAUGAGAUUAGACAAGGCCUAAGACAAUGAGAUUAACGAGCCCUAAGAAAAUGUGAUUAGUCGAGGCUUAAGACAAGCUCUAUUAGACGAUAUCUUAGACAAUGAGACUUACUUCCUUGAUAUUAUUUAAAAACCAGCGUUCAAUGGAGCGAUAAGAAACAUACAUAUUGACACCUUAGGAACAGCCACAACAUAAUAAUAAUAAUAAUAAUAAUAAAGUUCAUUUCAAAAACACGCUUCAUCCCCAAAGGCUCGAAGCGCGGUACAAAGUCAACAAAAAACAAAUCUAUAAUUUACCACAUUUAAAACAAACGCAACACUACAAAAACUAAUUACAAGCAUACAUUGGGAAAGUCUUUCAACCCAUUUCAACCCUAAGCAACACAGCUAGUAUGCCUUAACUGGAAAAUAAGGUAGACAAUCAUCCCAGAAGUUGUUUGCGAAAUAGAUGUGUCUUUAAAUUGGUUUUAAAGGACUCCAGUGUCUGGUUGUUUCUGAGAUCGACAGGAAGGGCCUUCCAAAUUGUUGGAACAGCAAAUGCGAAAGUGCGCUUUCCGCAAGUCCCAAGGAACACACGUGGUGUCGAGAGUUUGCCACUAUCGGAUGAGCGGAGCUCUCUAGUGGGUACAUAAGGCGUCAGCAGCUCUUUCAGAUAGGACGGCGCCAUGUCAUGUAAGCAGCGGUAGCACAACGUUGCGAUUUUGUACUCUAUGCGAGCACGCACCGGCAGCCAGUGCAGCUCUCUCAGAAGUGUUUUAGCAUGGUCGAACUUGCGUUUGCGAAGAACAAUGCGAGCCGCAUUAUUCUGUGCUAUUUGAAUUUUAUCCAGGAGCGUAGCUGGAAGACCCACCAUGAGAGCAUUGCAAUAGUCCAUGCGUGAUAGCACAAAUGCAGACAUCAGCCUCUUUGUUGCAUCAAUUGUUUGGAAGGGCUUGAUGUGACUAAUCCUGUGCAGCUCCAGAAAAAUCGCUUUGCAUAGCAUGUUAAUAUGACUUUCAAAAGUUAGUCUUCUAUCUAGGUAGACACCCAGGUACUGCACUAUUUGAGCUAACUCAAUACGCACACCUGAGAGAGUAAUGGAUGUCGUGUUAUUUGCAGAUUUUUGCUUCUGAGCGGUCGCGAUGUUGAGCAGCUCAGUCUUAUCAUCAUUUAAUUUGAGCUUGUUUAUGUUCAUCCAGUGCUUAACCGACUUCAUUGUCUUCUGUGUCACACUGAGCAGCUGAGGGAACUGAGAAGGGAUCACGGAUUGAUGAAGACAUACCUACUGAGGGAAACACACGACCCACAAUUGAUGUACGCUCUUUGUAACUGAAUCAGUAUCUUGCGUAUUUCGAAGACAUUGCAUUGUUAGAAAAAACUAGUAUAGAAAUAUAAAUUGAUUUUAUGGACUCAUUAAACACAUCUUACCAGCUGGAUUGGAAUUUAUCAAGAGAAAAAAAAAACGACCAUAUUAAAAAUUGAACAGUGAGAUGGAACUAUUCAAAUAAGAAAACUUUAUAAACACAAACAAGAUUUUUGAAUUUUUUGUGAACCAGCGAAGGACGAAGAUGGAUAGAGAAUACGAACCAACAAGGAAUAAUAAUGUUUAUCAAGAACAGACUCUACUAGCAGAAAUUUUAAAAAGUGUACAUUCUCUGGGCUGGUCACUUGGAAAAAGUGCCAAAAGUCAGAGACGUGAAGAGGUUGCACCACCAAAACCCCAGAAAGAAAACGACUCAAAGGCAGACCUAGGCUUAGAUGAAUAGACGAUGUAGAAAUAGAUACACAGCAGCAGAGAAUCAAGGUAUGGAAAAGGAAAGCAUCAUUUGGAUCUGAGUGGAAGGAAGUAGUUACCCAAGCUAGAGCCCUAAAAGGCCGGUAUUGGGAUGGAUGGUCAAUAUUUAAAUUGUCUCAAUUUUUUUUUCAUUUUAAACUAAGUCACGAUUACAACAUAUAAUUUGUUUUGUCAUAUAAAUGUGGUUCAUCCUUAUUGUGAUUAUAGAGUUUGUUUAGGAAAACAAAGAAUCAAUUUAGCAUUAAUUUUUUUAUUUUUUUUUUAAUUUCAGAACCGUGUUAUGCAGAAAUGUUACGAAAAUCAAGUCGAAUACAACGAAUAUAAUACAACUAUCAAGAAGUUUCAGAUAAGAUCGUGUGUAAUUUUUAUUUUUAGAUUUAUCUUUCAUUAUUCUUAACGAAACAUUACGUAGUGUCCUACGUUUUUUUUUAAAAUGUACUGUUUAUCAACUCAUAUUCAAUCACAUUUCUAUUAUAAUAUAUAACCGUAUAUUUGUAACCGUAUAUGAGGGUCUACUGACUACAAGCAGUUGAUUCUCCAUAAAACAACUAUGAUGUCUUUACUUGUUGUUAAUACUAUGCAAGGUCAUUUUCUUGGAGAGAGAUACCAAAAACUUUAAAACAUUUUAUACCCAUAGUCUUAACAGCUCGGCUACACACAUUACCGUUAUUCAACUAGAUUGGUACACACACCUCUUAUGUGUUUUCCUGCUUUACUUUUAUUCACACCAGCAUGUGUUCAUAAAUCUCACACAUUUUCUUCUCUUUUCACUUGAUUAAACCAAUGUUUACAUUUUACGUACAGUUAUAUGGUUUUUCAAUUUGAAUAUGUUUAAAAAUUUUGGCUCGUUAGAUAAACCACGUGUAACGAAAUACAAAAUAAAAUAUGCUGAAAUAAAAACUAUAUUAAUUUAUAUCACAGGAAGUGAAAAGUGUAAUAGUCGAAAGAUACCAAUAUAAAUUCAAACACACACAAAGAUUAAAAUUUUGUAAGGCUCCAAUGAACAUAUUUUGUCUCGUAAAUUUCGUGUGUAGAAAAUAUGUCUAAUCUUUCUCGGCUGGGAAAGCUUAUUCAUAGAGAUGAAAUUAGAACAAUCCCGCCCACAAAGAAAAUAUAUUUUGGAAAUAGCAUCAGGAAAAAGCAUCCUUUAAAAAAACAAAACAAAUAAAACGAAAGCAACUUUUCCCAAUUAAAGGAGGGGUGGGUAAUGGUAGAGCACUACACAUUUAAUCGGUUGAUAUCAGUAUCGAAACAAAAGUGUGUGAGGGUGGAUUGAGGUAAGGUUUAAUGCCACAGCCAGCAGUGAAUAAAAACUAGGUCGAACCCCAGGCUAUAACAUUACACAAAUCGUGUACAAUUUCAUCUGUAUUACCUUUAUUAAACUAGAUUUGUACACAAUUAUUGUACAGUUUGUCAUGUAUUGCCUUCAGCUAAUGACAUAAGUUUUUUUGUUUGUUUUUUUUUAAGAGAGCAGAACAUAUAUUUGUUGCCCGUUAAAAAAAUAUUUUAUAAUUGCUACGUGGUAAAAUAGUAUAAUAUUGGUACAAUAGUAUAAUAUUUUAGGAGAAAAUAUUUAAAUACUAGCUACAUACAGUUUGGAAACCUUUUUACACAAGCAAGCUGCUACAAAUAUGAGAUGGCUUUUGUGUACUACUAAUUCAUCUGUUAACUUUAUUAAAGCAGUUUUACAUUCUCCUACAUUUUCUACUGCUUUACUUUAUAAAAAUGGAUGAUUGUGUACACAAUUCUAGUACAUUUUAUUAUGUAUUACCUCCAUGAAACUAGAGUUUUACAAAAUUAUUGUACAUCUUCUACUGUAUUACCUUCGGCUUAGGACUUGCGUUUUUUUUUCUUUAUAGAGAAAAGAAACUAUAUUUAACUAGCUAGUUAAAAAAUAUCUUUUAUAAUCGCCAGGAGGUUUAAAAAAAUGUAUUGUGCCAAAAGACUUAACACUAGCUAAAUACAGUUAGGAAACAUUUUUAUCCACGCUAACAGACACAAAUAUGAGAUGACCACAGGUUCACCAUUAUUCCAACAUAAAUGAAUUACUUGUUUCAAUAUUAUUGGUAGGGAUUAAAUUUUGUUGAAAAAAAACACACACGGUAAUUAAAUAGUAUGUAAGAAUAUCAUGGAAGAGAGCCGUGAACAUAACUUUUUAUGAUAAAACGUCUUGAAAGGUUAAGACAAAAUAACAACCAAGCAAACAAUGAUAAAAAUAAACGAAGGCAGAUAGACUCGGAGGGGUGAGAUUUUCUGGGACCUUGUCUUGAAAGUAUUUAUUACAAUGAAUGACAUGCAUCUUAUUUCUUUUAAACUGAAUAGAUAUCCAAUUGUGUGCUGUAAGAACAUCAACUACACAGCUCCAGUCAUUCUGAGGAAAGCUAAACUUGUGCAAACCUUUGACUUUCAGGUGAGUUAAAAUUAUAUUUCUAGCUGAUUGUUGCUUAUGUACCAUAAAAAAAUGGAUCAAUUUUAAAAAAAAAUUUAAACAAUUAAUGUUGCCUUUAAAGGGGAAAAAAAAUUAUGGGAUUACGUGCGCUUCUAUACCCUCCUCCAUUUUAUGUUGAAUUGAAGUCACUUUAAUUUGUAUAGAAUUAAUUCGUGGAAAUAGUCUUUCUUGAUAUUUUGUUGAACUGCUGUUUCAAUAACUUGGUAAAUGGCGUUUGUCCAAUGUACGCUUGUCAUCCGUUUGACCACAACGACUUUUCUUAGAAACUCAAUGAUUUCAUUGUUCACAUUGCUUGUCUAUUUUCAUAGCUUUUUCUUAAUUAUAUAACACGGCAAAUAACGAACCUGUGGCUUGCCCUUCAAAAUGUAUACAUAAAAUUAAACCUAAAAAGCAUACGUAAUGUGAGCGGAACUAACAAUUUAGAUUAAUUUAUUGGCACUAUUUUUUUUUUUAAAUUUGUAGAUUCCCAUACACCUUAAGGUCAAAACUCCUUAAAGUAUUUAUCUAUUAUGCAUAUUUUGCCUCUGGUGUGUCCUGCUUCUUUUCCGAUAAACCCUAACUCAUGUUUUGUAUUAAGAGUACUCAGUGAAAAAAGACUGUCUUGCGUGACGUGUGAACUCGGGAAGCCAAUAUUGUAUUAAUUAAUAAAGGGUCAUUGGUAUAGUGUAAGUCUUUCUUUGGGACUUUUUUUAUAACUGUCUGUAGGACUGUUGUUUAGAGGCCAACAGGUAGGUUGAAGAACUGCUGUUUGAAGGCCGACAGGUAGGUUGUAAGACUGUUGUUUAGAGGCCAACAGGUAGGUUGAAGAACUGCUGUUUGAAGGCCGACAGGUAGGUUGUAAGACUGUUGUUUAAAAGCCGACGGGUAGGUUGUAGGACUGUUGUUUGAAGGCCGACGGGUAGGUUGUAGGAAUGUUGUUUGAAGGCCGACGGGUAGGUUGUAGGACUGUUGUUUAAAGGCUGACAGCUAUUUUGUAGGACUGUUGUUUGAAGGCCAACGGGUAGGUUUUAGGAAUGUUGUUUGAAGGCCGACGGGUAGGUUGUAGGACUGUUGUUUAAAGGCCGACAGCUAUUUUGUAGGACUGUUGUUUGAAGCCGACGGGUAGGUUGUAGGACUGUUGUUUAAAGGCUGACGGCUAUUUUGUAGGACUGUUGUUUGAAGGCCGACGGGUAGGUUGUAGGAAUGUUGUUUGAAGGCCGACGGGUAGGUUGUAGGACUGUUGUUUAAAGGCCGACAGCUAUUUUGUAGGACUGUUGUUUGAAGCCGACGGGUAGGUUGUAGGACUGUUGUUUAAAGGCCGACAGCUAUUUUGUAGGACUGUUGUUUGAAGGCCGACGGGUAGGUUGUAGGAAUGUUGUUUGAAGGCCGACGGGUAGGUUGUAGGACUGUUGUUUGAAGGCCGACGGGUAGGUUGUAGGACUGUUAAUUAAAGGCCGACUGCUAUUUUGUAGGACUGUUGUUUAAAAGCCGACAGGUAGGUUGUAGGACUGUUGUUUGAAGGCCGACGGGUAGGUUGUAAGACUGUUGUUUGAAGCCGACGGGUAGGUUGUAAGACUGUUGUUUAAAGGCCGACAGCUAUUUUGUAGGACUGUUGUUUAAAAGCCGACAGGUAGGUUUUAGGACUGUUGUUUGAAGGCCGACGGGUAGGUUGUAGGACUGUUUGAAGGCCGACAGGUAGGUUGUAGGACUGUCUGAAGGCCUAUUUCUCCAAAUACCCAUACCCUGUCAAUAAAAACUGUACCCGGUUAAGCGCUAGUUACAUAAUAUUUAUUUAAAAAACCACUGAAUUGCUAUCAUAGCAAUUUAAAAUAAUAUAUUUUAUUAUUUAGUCAAUUUCCACAGUUUGAGUUCUAUCUAAUGUGUCAAUUCUACUGGAUAUUUGAGUUAAUGAUAGAACAAUUGUAUUUCCUAUUAAUAGCGUUGAUAUUUGAUUUGGUGUGCAAGGAGAUGGUUGCAAAGAUGUGGUGUGCAAGGAUAUGAUGUGCAAAGAUGUGGUGUGAAAAGAUGGGGUGUUGAAGGAUGUGGUGUCAAAACAUAAGGCAUGAGAAGAGUUUGUGUGCAAGGUUAUGGUGUGCAAAGAUCUGGUGUGAAAAGAUAUGGUUUGCAAAGAUCUGGUAUAAAAAGUUAUGGUUUGCAAAGAUCUGGUGUGAAAAUAUAUGGUUUGCAAAGAUCUGGUGUGAAAAGAUAUGGUUUGCAAAGAUCUGGUGUGAAAAGAUAUGGUUUGCAAAGAUCUGGUGUGAAAGGAUAUGGUUUGCAAAGAUCUGGUGUGAAAAUAUAUGGUUUGCAAAGAUCUGGUGUGAAAAGAUAUGGUUUGCAAAGAUCUGGUGUGAAAGGAUAUGGUUUGCAAAGAUCUGGUGUGAAAAUAUAUGGUUUGAAAAGAUCUGGUGUGAAAAGAUAUGGUUUGCAAAGAUCUUGUGUGAAAAGAUAUUGUUUGCAAAGAUCUGGUGUGAAAAGAUAUGGUUUGCAAAGAUCUGGUGUGAAAAGAUAUUGUUUGCCAAGAUCUGGUGUGAAAAGUUUUAGUUUGUAAAGAUCUGGUAUGAAAAAUUUUAGUUUGCAAAGAUCUGGUAUGAAAAGAUAUGGUUUGCAAAGAUCUGGUGUUAAAAGUUUUAGUUUGCAAAGAUCUAGUGUGAAAAGAUAUGGUUUCCAAAGAUCUGGUGUGAAAAGAUAUGGUUUGAAAAGAUCUGGUGUGAAAAGAUCUGGUGUGAAAAGAUAUGGUUUGCAAAGAUCUGGUGUGAAAUUAUAUGGUUUGAAAAGAUCUGGAGUGAAAAUUUAUGGUUUGCAAAGAUCUGGUUGUUAAAAGUUUUAGUUUGCAAAGAUCUGGUAUGAAAAGAUAUGGUUUGCAAAGAUCUGGUGUGAAAAGAUAUGGUUUGCAAAGAUCUGGUGUGAAAAGUUUUAGUUUGCAAAGAUCUGGUGUGAAUAGAUAUGGUUUGCAAAGAUCUGGUGUGAAAAGAUAUGGUUUGCAAAGAUCUGGUUUGAAAAGAUAUGGUUUGCAAAGAUCUGGUGUGAAAAGAUAUGGUUUGCAAAGAUCUGGUGUGAAAAGAUAUGGUUUUCAAAGAUCUUUUGUACAAGGUUGUAUCAGGGAAUAAUAACACUGUGUUGCCACAGAUACAAGUGUCAUCUACAAGUGUCAUUCUUUCCAUCUUUCUCUAGGCAGAGAUCAACUUCUAUCAGGAUGAGACACUGGCUGCCAGGAUCGAUGCCAACCCGUACUCUGUUUCCAUCGGAGAUUGGGUGGUCGUGGGCAUCAAUGUCAAGGCCGAGUCACCGACACUCUUCGCGGACGGAGACCUGAAGCUGGUGAUAACAAAAUGUACACUUGACCCCACAGGACAUCCGGAUGUCAGUAAAAGUAUCCUGAUCAUUAAUGACAAGUAAGUGCUUCUGUGAGUUUUUAUGGCUAUUAACUAAGACAGCGUUGGCUUCAGUAGAUGAGUUUGAUCCCUUUCCUUUUUCUUAAGGGCCAACGAUCAAUGUAUUGACCAUUAUGGCUCCUAUGUUUGUAGAGGGAAUUGACAAUAAUUCUCCUCCUGGUAUCCCUUUUGUGUUCUUUCAGAUUAUGCAAAAAAAAAAAAAAAAAGGAACUCGUGUUCAAUUUAAGGAUAUUUUUUAAAGUAUUGAAGACAUUUAAAGUUUCCAACUUUAAAAAAAAAUUAAUUUUCGUAAAUUUGAUCAGCUGAUGUUGGCAAUGCUCAAAGACAAGGAGAUUUGCACAAAGCAUUUUUUACUGGCACCCGCCCGUAACAAUGUGAAGAUGGUGUUACUUCGCAGGACGAGAUCACAAGGCCUGGGAUUUUUUUAAAAUUAGAACUAUAAGCUGGUUCACUAGACAUCAAAUUGACUUUCUCCACUGACCUGGAUAACCCAAUGGAUCAGCAUAUUGUAUGGAUGAUACAACUUUUCACCCUUUGCUUUGCAUGAGUUGUCGGAAUUGUAUUAAUGUAUCCAUUUACGGGACUCAUUCUCUUAGAUGAGUUGCCAUCCAAGGUUGAUGGGUCGCAUCCAUCCACACGGGUUACUGCUGAUGUUUUGCUUGACAUUGGCAGAGAUUGAACUCCAGAAUUGUUGGGUGAAUUUUUUGAGUUGACACCACAUGACAAGCCACACGACCACCCAGCCACACGACCACCCAGCCACACGACCACCCAGCCACACGACCACCUAGCCACAUGACCAUCCAGCCACACGACCACCCAGCCAUAUGACCACCUAGCCCAACGACCACCCAGCCACACGAUCCCCCAGCCACACGAUCACCCAACCACACGACCACCCAGCCACACGACCACCCAGCCACACCAAUGGCGUCAGAAAACGGUGUCACAAAACAUUUAAAAAAUGGCUUUAACGUUAGGAGAAUUUGAUGAAAACCAAGAAAACCACAUUAAACCUAAAUUCUGAUAACUGACCUUGUUAACAGUACAAGAGCUGAUCUUUUCUGCCAAAGACAAUCAAGGAAAGGAUCGUUUUUCUAAAAGGAACAGUUGAGCCGACUAUAUUUGACACAUUUGUGUCUAGUGCCUCGGGACUUCCAAACCCUAAUUCAUGAUACCCUCGCUGAGCAGUACUUGCAACCAGUGAAAUAUUCAUCACAGACAGGCACAGAAACGUUGCAAAUCCCCUCUACGAGCAUAGGAGUCAGAAUCAUCGAUACAUUGAUCGCGGGCCCUUAAUAUAAAGAAGAUGGGGAAGGAGAAGUGGAACUGCGAAAAAUGAAUCAAUGACCACAAUAAAUGCACGCUACAUUACACAUGCACGCUACAUUACACAUGCACGUAACAUUACACAUUCACGCUACAUUAGACAUGCACGCUACAUUAGACAUGCACGCUACAUUACACAUGCACGCUACAUUACACAUGCACGCUACAUUACACAUUCACGCUACAUUACACAUGCACGCUACAUUACACACGCACGCUACAUUACACAUGCACGCUACAUUACACAUGCACGCUACAUUACACAUGCACGCUACAUUACACAUGCACGCUACAUUACACAUGCUGCGAUGUAAUGUGUACGUGCGAUGUAAUGUGUACCACGCUACAUUACACAUGCACGCUACAUUACACAUGCACGCUACAUUACACAUGCACGCUACAUUACACAUGCACGCUACAUUACACAUGCAUGCUACAUUACACAUGCACGCUACAUUACACAUGCACGCUACAUUACACAUGCACGCUACAUUACACAUGCACGCUACAUUACACAUGCACGCUACAUUACACAUGCACGCUACAUUACACAUGCACGCUACAUUACACACACGAAUUACUUGUUUUUUGCGGACAAUGAUUUAUCAGUACAUCUAUACUAUGCGAUGUUCAUAAAGCCUUUCUAUUUUAAUGUACACGCCAUUUUGCACCCACCCCCUUACAGUUUAUUUCCAAUGUCCUCCCCAGCUGUCCAGUCGACGCUACAAUCCUGAGCACACACUCCGUCAACGCUACGACUGAGUCGUUCCGUUUAAAGGUGUACAAGUGGUUUGGCUACUCCGCUGUGUACGUCUCAUGUCACGUGCGCCUGUGUUUGGCCUCGAGUCCUGACCCAAUUUGUGACAAGUAGGCAAUCAUAAUAAAAUCCUUGUUAUAAGUAGGCUAUCACAAUAAUAUAUUUGUGACAAGUAGGCCAUCAUAGUAAUAUAUUUGUGACAAGUAUUUCCUAAAAUUGAAUGUGACGUUAUUAGUUGUUGUACAUAAGGAUUAAUAUCAAAAGUAAAGUUGGGGUGCACUACUUAUCAUUGGUUCACUACUAAUCAUUGGGUGCACUACUUAUCAUUGGGUCACUACUAAUCAUUGGGUGCACUACUUAUCAUUGGGUGCACUUCUCAUCAUUGGAUGCACUACUUAAAAUUAGGUGCAUUACUUAUCAUUGGGUGCACUACUCAUAUACUGUUAGCACUACUCAUAUAUUGGGUGCCCUACAACCUCAUCACUCUUAACUCAACGGUACUUUUAUUCUAUCAAAAUAUGAUGGAUACUUGAAUUAGUUAUGCAUGUAUUGUUUAUUUGCUAAGGUUAGUGCUACCUCGCAGUGACAUUGCUAGGGUUAGUGCUACCUGGCAGUGACGUUGCUACGGUUAGUGCUACCUGGAAGUUACGUUGCUAGGGAAAGUGCUACCUGACAGUGACGUUGCUAGAGCUAGUGCUAGCUCGCAGUAGCGUGGCUAGGUUAGUUCUACCUGGCAGUGACAUUACUAGGAUUAGUGCUACCCGGGGGCAGACCAAGACCUUUCUCACCCACCUGAAACGAACAAACAAUGCAGUUGGCCAAAAAAUGCCGCCCCUCCAUACAAAAGUAACACCCCCCCUCCAUUCCGCACCACCUUACCGCACCACCAUGAAGCUAAAAUAAUAAUGUUUACCUCCCAACCAUCAAUUCGGUUUAACAAAUAGUGCACCCCGAUUUCUCAUCUAAAUUAAUCAACAAAUUGAGUUGUCUUUUUCGACGGUGCGUCAUUGUUGCUUAUAUUCAUAUCUUCGGACCUGAGGUCCUUUUUAAAAUCCUCUAAAUUUAAAAUUAUAGUCAAAGUCAUUUAAGUAACUCAGGGAACAUUUUAUUUACUUGUCUUUUUAGGUCGUGCCCGAAGUCCAGGAGAAGACGUCAUAUAAGUUAUACCAAGCACGUGACAUCAGGACCUAGCCAGACAGUCUCCAAAGCUUUCAUUUUAAAAGAUUCUGAUUAAGGACGGGCAAAAAAAUCUUUCAACAAUUUAUCCAAGAAUUGAAUUUAGUUUAAAAUAUUCAAGACCGAAAUAUUUAAAUCAUGAAAUUAUAGUUUAUGACCAGAGUAACCUGUUCAAACGACCUGGAGAUUCCAUUCACAGUUUAGACGAUCAUUAAAAAGCCCAAAAUUUGAUUUUAUUUGUUCUGUUAGUACAUUUAAAAUAAAUAGAAAAAAAUUUUUUUUAAAUUAAUUGAAGCUCUGUAGGGUUGGUUCAACGACCAACAAAAAACGCACUUGAAAAUAUUGAUCACUGAAGUAUAACCAAAAAAAAAAAAAAAAAAAAAAAAAAAAUUUUAAAAAACUAAAAAAAAACAAAAAAAAAAAAAAAAAAAAAAAAAAAAAUUUUUAAAAUCUUGAAAGAACUCUAAGAAACCCAUUUACAGCGAACUAUAAUCUUUAACAAAAUUGUGCUCAUGGACGCAUGCUCCCACAGUAAAACAAAUCAUUAGAGCCUUUCUGUUUUAGCCACACUGACUGCGCCUUUCUGUCUUAGCCACACUGACUGAGUCUUUCUGUCUUUGCCUCACUGACUGAGACAUUUUUCUUGGGAUUACAAUUAUUGCAUCAUGUGAAAUUGGCAUCUUUUUUUUUCAGGAAAAUAAUGCUGUUCAAGCAGAUUUCAAUGAAAACGUUAAUUCAUUAAAAAAAAUUACAAUAACUUAACAUGCAAAAUGUUGACGGAACUAAAAAUUCGUGUUAUUGCUCCACUUUUUUUAAGUAGGUCCGUACCUAAAUUUAUGUUGCACAAUAAUUUUAUAAGCUUAAUAUUUUAAUUAUAAAAUUGACCUGUCUUAAAUGGUUCAAUCAAUAGAAAACAGAUAACUUGCAAAUGCCUACUGAAACAAUUCGUAAGAACUUUUCACCAUCAUGUGCAGGUCGCCAUUCACCACCUACAUACGUUUAUUUUUCUCUCAGGUGUUCGAGUGUAACUUUCACUCGACAGAUUCAACACACCUUUCAUUUUAUCAUGUAAAUCUUUCAAAGGUAUACACUAUAGUCGAAACUCAAUGAAACGUCUCGGUGUCAUAAAAAUUUAGUUAGAAACUGUUAGUUUUUAUCUUUUAUAACAUUAUAACGUCCAGGGUUAUAAAAAUGGUGUCAGAAGUUUUUAGAGUUUACCUUUUAUAACCGUAUAAAACCCAGGAACCCAAGAGACAUAGGAGCCAUAAUGAUCAGUACAUUGAUCGUGGACCCUCAAAAUAUGAUAGAAGAAGAAGUUUGUGCUUUAAAUGGUAGGUUCUGAUUAAUUUUUAAAUGAGAAAUAUAAUAAUCCAAACUGUGCUUUACAAAUUCAUUGACAUCACCGCCUAGGACAGUGGUAGGAAAACUCAUUAGUCAAAAGUAGGUCAGUGGUCAGCAAACUCUUUAGUCAAAAGUAGGUCAGUGGUAUGAAAAUUCAUUAGUCAAAAGUAGGUCAGUGGUCGGAAAACUCUUUAGUCAAAAGUAGGUCAGUGGUCGGCAAACUCAUUAGUCAAAAGUAGGUCAGUGGC